AUGCCGACAUUGUUCACCGAUCACAUUUACAACGCCGCCGGUAGCGAGGAGCCGUCAAUGCUAUUCUUCAAGAAGAUCAACACACCGACGUACGGCAAUUGCUACGUCUUUAACAGCAACUUGUCCCGCAAUUCAGCUGCUUCGGACGACCUGGUGCACUCAUCUCUAACAGGAGCUAACUACGGUCUGACGUUGGUGAUGCACCUGGAGCCGCAGCAUUACAUGCAGUCCACCGUGGCGCAGACACUGGGCGCGCGUGUCACGAUCCACGGCAAUGACGUAUUCCCGCUCGUGGACGAGGCGGGCAUGGACAUUGGACCGGCAAGCACGCGGAUCACUCGACAGGAGUAUCCCUACCAGUCCAACUGCUUCCGCACGUGGUCGCAGGUCGGGGUGGAGCCCGCCUACGUUGAUGCUACCACAGGUGCCACCAGCCUCACCGGAGAACGCUUCACCCUCUCCGAGUGCCACCGGCACUGCCUGCAGCUGCGUAUCGUGCGUGCGUGCGGCUGCUACCACGUCUUGUACCCGAUGCAGUAUGCCGUCCACGGCCGGCUACAGGCUGUCGGUCAGCCUUGCCUCCUCACCUACAACUCGCAGGACUCGAACUGUACGGAAGCGGUGAUCGCCGACAUAGCCGGGGGCAACGCGAGUCGCGACUGCGUCUGCUCCGUCCCGUGCGCGGACAUGGACUACCAGCCGCAGCUGUCGGUCGCCUCGUGGCCCCAAGGCGACUUCCUGGUCUUGCUGCUCAAGGGGAAUCACUUCGUACCUGACGAUGAGGACGUGGGCGUUGGCGAUCAGGAACAGUGGGCAAAGCAGUUUGCUAAGUUGAACGUCUACUACCGUGAUAUCAGCAGUGCUUCCAUCACCGAGAGCCCAGUCUACACGUGCGUUGACGCCACCGUCUACCGGCGGCUGUUCGAGACCAGCAUACCCGAGGCGGUGCAACGCGAGAGCCGGCCGCGGCGGGUCACGCGGUCGUGGGGGGCGUGGCAGGGUUCAUCGGUCGGCCUGACCUGGAGCGCGGUCUGGUGA